UUUUCUGUUUAUUCUUUUCCAGAAACAACUUAGGGAUCCAUUACACAAUGACGAAGAGAUGUCACGUUCUAAAUCUCGCUUUGUUUUGUUUGCUUUGGUCAGCCGCAGAAGCUGUAACAGUUAAUGGACAUUCUACAGACCGGUCCGAAAAUGAACUCAAAGUCCUUUCAAAACGCGAUGCUCAUAACAUUGAUAUGCUUCAAGAAAUAGACAGCGAGAAGGGAGAUGAAAGUCAUUUAGAAAACUUUGCUAAACAAAUGUAUGACCUUUACGGUGAAGAUGAAGAAAAACGCGCUCUGGAAACGGCGGAGGAUAUUGACAUCAAUAACAUAAGUAAAGAUACUUUGCCUUAUCUAUAUCUUGACGAACUAGACGAUGGCGACAAAUCUCAUUACUUUGAUGACAGUGAAGAAGAAAGUCUCGAAAAUGGUGUCGAUAAACGUGGCUUUGACAGGUAUUCCGCAUUUGGUUCUUUAGGCAAAAGAUUCAGAGCUCCAAUGGGAUUUAGUGGCCGACUUGGAAAAAGGAAAAGUACUGUUGACGACUAUGACAAAAGAAUACCUCUGGGAUUUGUCGGAACAUUAGGGAAAAGGGCACCGAUGGGUUUUAUGGGCCAGUUAGGUAAACGUGCUCCUAUGGGUUUCAUGGGGCAAUUGGGUAAGCGCGCACCUAUGGGAUUCAUGGGUCAACUUGGUAAACGCGCACCACUUGGAUUCAGAGGUCAGCUUGGAAAGCGGGCGCCGAUGGGAUUUUUAGGAACUUUAGGUAAGCGAGCGCCGAUGGGAUUUUUAGGAACUUUAGGUAAAAGGGAUCCUUUAUAUGUCUUCGGACCAGAAAGAAGGUCACCAAUGGGAUUCAAGGGACGCCUUGGAAAACGUAGGGGUCCAAUGGGCUUCCUGGGGCAGCUCGGAAAGAGGGAAACGUAAAGAAGAAUGUCCAAACAGAGUGAGCGUGGAAGGAUGCGAAUGUUUUCUUGAAUAUAUGUACAAACAUGGUAUGAAUGCCCGAACUUUCCUGCAUUUUAACCACUGACGGUAAUAAAUUUGGCAGCUUUUUUCUACAAGACUUGACUUAUCUCCAGUUCAAGUGUAUUAACUUCAACUAAAAUAAUGAUCAAAUAAGUGCUUCUUUAGAAACAGAGAAAGAGUCUCUUCACAUUGAUUUUGACUGUCACAUGUUUGAUCGAUAUUGCUGAUGUUCAAUAAUAAAGGACGCCAUUAAUUUAAUUUGUUAAAAAUGUCUACGCUGUAACAAACAAUGUAUUAUUAUUUUAGCAUUUCUUUUCCGAUGAAAAAUGUGUUUACAUUAACUUUGUACAAAGUAAACGACAGACAAUAUGGAUCCCGUGUAUUUUUUCACGAGGUCCAUGAUGGAAGCUGCAAAUAGUUUUGUUUUCAAAUGACAAUAUGUUUGAAAUUUUAAGUUUCCUCUGAAAUCAUUUGUUAAAGAAAACAGCAAUAUGUGUUUAAAAUUUCUCUGAAGGAACAAACUUGAAUUAGAUGACAAGCUGACCAAUAUUGUUCAAGUUUCUUUUGUAUUUAAUAAAAUAAAAACGAAACUGGUCAGUAUAAACGCUUGGAGCAAAGGUUUAUUUUGAAACAACAUUACUUUUGUAAAAAGAUCAUCUAUUUCAAGUUUUGAUGAUGUUUUAAAUAAAUGGAUUUGACUACGUGUUGUGUCAAAUUUAGGCUGAAA